GUUCACGAGUCCAACGCCAGCGCAUCAUUAUCACCGCAUUCUUCCUUAACCUAUUAUAGACCUUCAUUUUUUAUUCCCGCCUCUCGCAAUCCCCAUGCACCGAUCCUCUUCCCCGCUACUUGUAUUAUUAUAAACACUUUACGUGAAAGUCUUUGGAAUGGAUAUCUGGACCGGGAGUAUCUCUCUUGAUUCCACCACUCCACCGCUUGAAGGUGCCCCUCAGUUCCCCCAAUGGAAUAUUUCCUAUCCGAAGCUAACAUUCGACCAGGCCUUCGACUAUCUACAUCCUCGACAUCCACCCCUCCCCCUUCAGUGAUCAGUCAUCUAACAAAGAGUCUCUCCUCAUGCGCGCUGUCGUUAAUAUCUCUAAUCGAUCCGACUCGAAUCCCACUCUUCCUUGCUACGGGCCCUUCGUUGGAAUUGACGACUACAUCUCCGACGACAGAACUCUACUUUCGCCAAUUGUUCCUUUCUAAACUCCCGCUCCCGACCUCCUCAUCAUGUGCUGAGCAAUCCCGUGUAGCGCUCCUCGUGAGCGUAUCCAACCCAUCGGAGCGCACCCCGGGAGAUUGGCAAAUCACGGAACUAGCAAUCUACGGAGCCAUUAGCCAACCCCCAGCUCCGGGGUUGGACGCCGCAACGCCACCGCACUCCUCUCCUCCACUCGAAGACCAAAACUCCGCCCUAACCACCACCACUGCCACCCCUAACCUUCGAACAAUAGUAACGGUCCACGCUCUCCCUUUAUCCUCGAAUCACGCCUUCCCAACAUUCCUCCCAAAGGUCACGCAGGAGAAAACCUUCACAAUCCGGGAGGAUGCCGCCUCCUUCAUAGCGCCAAAUCCACAGGACAUCAUCAACCCGCCAGCAUCUGGCAAGAAGCGUGGAGCAGAUGUCAUCGACAGCAUAGUCGAAAAACGCAAGCGCGCUAAAGCCCGGCAGCAAUCCGGCCCACCUCCCCCCCCACCUUUGACACUCCUAGGCUCGAGGGCACUUAACCGGAUUCCGUCCCUCGAACCCCGUAGCGCCGGAAUUAAGAAUGAACGCUCGCCUUCUCCCACUGGGUCGAAACUCCGAAGGUCUUCGGGUGGUGGGACACCGGGGGUGGUGCUCGGGUCGCUAUCAGUGUUUAAGCGUGAGGGGACGGAAAGUCGGCCGUCCACCGCUAUCAAGAGAGAAGGCAGUGAUUGCUUUGGCUCCGCCGUAAAGCGGGAGGUUGGCGAUGUUGAAGGAAGGAACAGAGAUGUACUUGUGAAGGUGGUGGUAGCGAGAAUGAAGGCGUGUGGGAUUAGGGAUUAUCGCAGCAAAUCCGUUAUGCCAAUUUCAGCUGCGGCGGCGGCGGUCCCCCCGGUGCCGGAUGAGAAUGAGGAGAAGAGAGAGAAGGAAGAGUAUAAGAACAUUUAUCAUCACACGGUGAAGGCGGCGAUUUUCGCUCUUGUAACGUCUCCCCUCUCCUAAACGUCCUUCGCCGUGUAUGUGUGCUGACUCAGCACAUCAGAGAAACGAUGGCAUCGCCAAUGCCACUGUAAACCUCGAGAAGAUGAAAUUCGUCGUGGACAAGCUCCUCGCAGUGUUCUGUUCCCCAGAUCACGACCCAGAUUCUAAAGAGAAUUACUUGCCGAUUUGUGAGAGUUAGGCGGGAUUGUUGUAUUGCAUAGCAUGGGGGCGUUUUUGUAUAUUUAUUGUCUGCUCUGUGUCUUUUUCUUCUUUCUUUUUUUUGAUUCUUGUCCCAGUGUACUUUACAGUAAGAUAUGCAUACCAUGGCCCGUCUGCUCCGGCGGGGAUGGCAUUGCGAUUGUUUGGGUGUAAGUAUGUAUAAUAAAUAUGUAUGUUAAAGUCUCCAUAGCGUAUGAUAGUUUGGCGUAAAAAAUCUUUU